UCAAUCUCCCUCUAAAUUCUAUAACCCUAUCUAGCUGCUUUCGGGCCAUUUUCUCAUCCUAAACAUGUCUGAUGUAGAGGAUUUCACUCGGCGGAUCUGAUCUGAUCUCAUCUCAAAAAGCUUCAAAGUUAACUGUCCAAAUCUCUGAUCUCCGAUCUCUACCAUAAAAUUUUCAUUUCUCAAUCUAAGUCGCCACUUCCCACUUAGCCUCUGUCUAGACUCCACUACUCCAGACUCCGGUGUCCGCUACUCCGGUGAGCCCUAAUUCCUUUUUCCCUCUUCAAUCUUCAUCGUCUUCUGAGUUCUGCCUUCUUGUUGCUUCGAGUUGUCGCGACUUCAGACGGCCUCUAGCCCUCUACUGCCUGAAUCGCGACUUGUCGACUUCGGCCUCUUCACUUCUUCAGUUGCGCAGCCCGUCGCCCCGUGCUACCUGCUCUACGCCGUCGCCGCCUCCACCCUCUGCGAAUCUACGGACUUGUGAAGUGCGAGUUGCGAUUGACCAUGCGGCCCCUUUAAAAGAAGUUCCCUCUUCAGUCUGGUCGAACCCCCCACACUGGAUCUGCGGCUAGUCGGUCGAGUCCUACCCAUCAUACUAGGAUUUCACGCGGGGGAUCUGAUCUGAUCUGAUCUCAAGCUUCAAAGUUAACUGUACAAAACUCUGAUCUCCGAUCCUCUACCAUAAAAUUUUCAUUUCUCAAUCUAAGUCGCAUAAAGUUAGCACAAGUACAAUGCAGCCUGAAGAGCAUUCUGCAGGUGAUGAACAAGAAAUGCAUACUAGUGUUUCUUGCAAUGCUCCAACUAAUAUUCAUUCUGUGGCUUCAUCAUCUCCCAAAACACCAAAGGUAUACCCAUCUAUACUGGGUUAUAGUUUUCAGUGCACAAAAUGUUACAAAUGGAGGCUGGUUCCAACAAAAGAAGUAUAUGAAAAUAUAAGGGCAAACAUCUCUGCCAAUCCAUUCUUUUGUGAGAUGGCAAAUCAGUGGCAAAGGAAUAAUAAUAUAUCAUGUGAAGAUCCAUCUGAUGUGGUUCCAGAUGGAAGUAGGCUUUGGGCUAUUGAUAAGCCUAACAUUCCUCUUCCACCUUUGGGAUGGAGGCGUGAAUUGAGAUUCAGAGCUGUCGGAGGUACCCGGUUUGCAGAAGUCUUUUACUACUCACCAUUUAAGAGAAGAUUCCGUUCCAUACGAGAGAUUGAAAAGUAUUUAAAAGAACACCCAGAGGAUUUAGCAGCUGGUAUAAAUAUAAAUCAAUUUUGUUUUGAGACAUCAGAGCCUCUAUUCUGGAAAAGAAAGCAUCCCCCUCCUAUAAUAACUUCCUUGUCUCAUGAUGGGAGAUCUAAAAGGCCACAUCAAUCUGCAGGUCAAGAUGAGGAUAUUGAAGGCAAGAACGUUGGUAGUGCACCCAUUGUCAGUAGCAACAGUUGAUAAUGUCUUUAUGACUCAACAGUUGAUAUAGAAUUUGAUUUAUGACUCAAUAGAAUUUGAUAUUGGGAGAAGAAUUUGAUGUAUAUAUGUUUGUAUAUUGUCUGUUGUGGAUUCUUCAACAAAUAUAAUUCUGACUUUUUUUUUUUUUUUUUUUAAAUGACAAUGUGGAUUAUUUAUUUUAUUAUU